UCUAUUUCUGCACGUUUCGCCUACUCAUUGCCACGAACUUCUGCUCAUCUUGGAGACAUCUCUCAAGUUUGGCUCGGAGAACAAGAAACUCCAAAACUCCAAGCCUGCGUGGGGAGUGGAGACGAUGAAGCUGAUUCGACCAGAUUAGCACAGUUUUGCAGCUAGCAGUCUGUGAUGUGAACCGCGCUGAUGAAUUUGAGCUCGGCGCGGUUGGUUGCGAGUACAGAUGGAAUCAGCAAACUGAAUCUGUCUCUCAGUUGAAGACUCUCUGUUAAAAGACUAACGGAGGAAACAAAAGGACGGAGAUCAGAGGAAGCAGCCCACAGUGAUGUUAGCCAUGCCACAAGCAGUGCUUCUCCUUGCUGUCUCCUGUGCUGCGGUCCUCGCUACUGGCGUCUCCGGCCAGCCGGUGUCGCCAGCAGCAGAGCGGACCAACUGUCCUGCAAAGUGCGGGGACGUAGAGAUCCACUACCCAUUCGGCGUAGGCCCUCGGUGCUCCAUGGACGCCGGCUUCGAAGUCACCUGCAACGAGACGACGAGCCCUCCGAGCCUGCAGUUGGGCAACAUCAUUAUCGCCAACAUCACAUUGGAGAAGGCGCAGAUGGUGGUCUACACCUUCCUGACCUACAGCUGCCGCGUGCCGGGCAGCAACAAUACAAUCUACGCGCAGACGCAGAGCAUUGAGCUCAGCGUCAGCAGCCCCCCGUUCCUGGUGUCGCCGGCGGACAACGUGUUCACGUCCGUCGGGUGUAAUUCACUGGCCCAGCUCGUUGGCGAUAGCGGCACCGACUACCACACCGGCUGCAUCACGACGUGUGCUAGCGUGAACGAAACGGCAGAUGACGGCGCACCCUGCAGCGGGCACGGCUGCUGCGAGGCGUCAAUAAUGCCCGGCCUCUUCGUAGUCAACGUGAGUUGGUCCGACUGGGCGGAGGAGAGCGACUAUCAUGUGCCUGGCAACCUGUGCCAAUAUGCCUUCGUCGCCACCAAAGGCUGGUACAAAUUCAGAAAAAAUGACCUGGUUGGAAAUUUGACAUUCGCCAAGAGAUUUGGAGAGGGCACUGUUGUUCCACUUGUUCUUGACUGGUCAAUUAGCGACGGGAGAUGCCCACCGGUGCCGCAGGGUGUUGACAAGGCAAAUAUUGAUCCCAACGGCGCAUGUGUUAGCACCCAGAGCUACUGCGUUAAUGCUAGCAACAGCGCGACGGGCUAUUUCUGCAACUGCUUCGAGGGAUACACCGGCAAUCCAUACAUAAAAAAUGGAUGCAAGAAUAUUAAUGAGUGCUUAAAUAAGAACAUGUAUCCUUGUCAUGGAGGGAGAUGCCACGAUUUAGAAGGUGAUUACGAGUGUAAAUGCAAUUUUGGACGACGGGAUGACGGUAACAAGGGGUGUGAACCCGUAUUGUCCAAGGCUGCAGUAGCAGUUAUAGGAACAAUCAUUGGCAUUGCAUUACUCGUGGUGCUACUCAUAUUCUUACUCAUGGAGCGAGAGAAAAGAAAGCUGAGAGAUAGGUUCAACAAGAACGGCGGACAACUAGUCAAAAGCAUCAAGAUCGAGAUCUUCACCAAGGCAAAGAUCAGAUACAUGACAAACAACUAUACUUCUAUCAUCGGCCAAGGCGCUUUUGGGACAGUCUACAAGGGAACCACCAGCUCCGGUGAGAACGCAGGUGUUGCCGUGAAGAAGUCCACCGCUAUCAAGCAUGACUGGCAGAAGGAGUCCUUCGCGAACGAGAUCAGGAUCCAGUCCCAGAUCAGCCAUCGGAACCUGGUCCAGCUUAUAGGCUGCUGCCUGGAGACAGACGUUCCUAUGUUGGUGUACGAGUUUGUUCCUAGGGGAAGCCUCUAUGACGUGCUCCAUCUCAAGAACGACCCUCUUCCCCUCGAGACACGCCUCGACAUUGCCAUCUACUCCGCGGUUGCCCUCGCGUACAUGCACACGGAGGCGAGCCAGAGUAUGGCCAUCGUUCAUGGCGAUGUGAAGUCAGCUAACAUCCUCCUCGAUGACAGGUUUGUGCCAAAGGUGUCAGACUUUGGCACGUCGAGGCUCAUGUCCAUGGACAAGGACCAUCACACCAACUUGGUGAUCGGGGACCCGGGCUACAUUGACCCCGUGUACGUGAAAACCGGGCUGCUCACCAAGAAGAGCGAUGUGUAUAGUUUCAGUAUCAUCCUGCUGGAGCUCGUUACCCGUAAGGAGGCGAUUUACAAUGGAAAUCAAAGCCUUCCCAUGGAUUAUAUCAAGGCUUCCAUGGAAGGGACAGCGAGGCAGAUGUUUGAUAAAGACAUUGUGGCAAAUAGCGAGGAGCAUAUGGAGUGCCUCGAGGAGGUUGGCAAGAUCGCGCUGCAGUGUCUCAAUGAGAACAACGUGAAUGACAGGCCCACCAUGGGUGAAGUCGUGGACAGACUUAAAGCGUGUAAGAGCCAGUGGUUGGAAUGUCAUUGGAAGAAAAAUGAGGUGAUGUAAUAUUGUACAUAGGUAGUUGGUGGCCUUAUGCGAUCGAGGGCAUCACCUUUUAUAAGAUGAGAGUUUAAGAAUACGGAUUUGCUAAUUCUUGUCUAGACGAGAUUUAGUUAUGUCACAUCUAUGUUCUCCACCACUCAAUUAAGGUGCUGUAAUUUUCAUCCAAAUUGUUGAUCGCUCUUUUUUUUUGCGGCUGAAAUGAGCUGGCAUUAAUUAA